UGAACAGAUAAUUCUUCACAUUGACAAGACCUUAGAGGAAAAGAAGGAAUUCAAGGGGGAAAUCAUGUUUUAUAAAAAGAAUGAAUGUUUUUGGAGAUCCACCAGCACUUCCAGAGUACAAAGUUGCAGACGCCAAGAAAUCCAAAUUUAUACUUUUACAUUACAGCACCUUUAAAGCUGGCUGGGACUGGCUAAUUUUACUGGCAACCUUUUAUGUUGCUGUGACUGUACCUUACAAUGUUUGUUUUAUUGGUGAUGAUGAUCUCACGCGAAGCACAACUGUCAGUGAUAUUGCUGUAGAAAUUCUUUUUAUAAUAGAUAUAAUUUUUAAUUUUCGUACAACAUACGUCAGCAAAUCUGGGCAAGUUAUAUUUGAAGCAAGGCUGAUUUGCAUUCACUAUGUCACAACGUGGUUCAUCAUUGAUCUCAUUGCUGCACUACCCUUUGAUCUUCUCUACGCUUUUAAUGUCAGCGUGGUUUCACUUGUUCACCUUUUGAAAACAGUUAGACUCUUACGACUUUUGCGGUUGCUGCAGAAAAUGGACCGAUAUUCACAGCAUAGCACUGUGGUCCUUACACUUCUUAUGUCCAUGUUUGCCUUACUGGCCCACUGGAUGGCAUGCAUAUGGUAUGUCAUAGGCAAGAAGGAGAUGGAAGCCAAUUCAUUCACUUGGGACAUUGGCUGGCUUCAUGAACUGGGGAAGCGUUUGGAAUCUCCAUACAGUGGGAGAAACAGCUCUGCAGGUCCUUCCAUUCGAAGUGUCUAUAUCGCUUCCCUUUACUUCACAUUAAGCAGCCUCACUAGUGUUGGUUUUGGAAAUGUCUCUGCCAACACUGAUGCAGAGAAGAUCUUUUCAAUAUGUACUAUGCUAAUAGGAGCAUUGAUGCACGCACUGGUGUUUGGCAAUGUGACUGCUAUAAUACAGCGCAUGUACUCAAGAUGGUCACUCUAUCAUACAAGAACAAAGGAUCUUAAGGACUUCAUACGGGUCCAUCACCUGCCGCAGCAGUUAAAACAAAGAAUGUUGGAAUAUUUCCAGACAACAUGGUCUGUCAAUAAUGGGAUUGAUGCUAAUGAGCUUUUAAAGGAUUUUCCAGAUGAAUUGCGCUCUGACAUUACUAUGCACUUGAAUAAGGAGAUUCUGCAGCUGUCUCUGUUUGAGUCUGCCAGUAGAGGCUGUCUCAGGUCUCUGUCAUUGCAUAUCAAAACAUCCUUCUGUGCUCCUGGGGAGUACCUCUUGCGGCAGGGAGAUGCCUUGCAGGCCAUUUUCUUUGUCUGUUCAGGCUCCAUGGAAGUCCUCAAAGAUGGCAUGGUAUUAGCAAUACUUGGAAAAGGAGACCUAAUUGGAGCUAACCUUUCAAUAAAUGACAGAGUGAUAAAAACAAAUGCGGAUGUCAAAGCUUUGACAUACUGUGAUCUGCAAUGUAUUAACCUCAAAGGAUUAUAUGAGGUUCUGGAUCUGUACCCUGAAUACGCUCACAAGUUUGUGGAAGACAUUCAGCAGGAUCUUACUUACAACUUACGAGAAGGUCACGAGAGUGAUAGGAUAUCAAGAUUAUCGAACAAGACAUCACUAACUCAGUCAGAAGGUAAAGGCAAUGGUCGUAUAAAUCAUCGACAUUCAUCAAUCAUAGAAGACCAGGAAGAUGAGGAAGAGGAAGAGGAAGAUGAAACCACUCCUCUAUCCCCUGCCUCUGCCAAAAGCAAAAUGUUAUACAAGUCUGAGAGCCACCGGAAAGCCAUUUCUUCAGGGAGACUGCCCUACAAGUCCCCCCCAAGAUCGUGCACUUCAGGCCUGGAAGCAAGAGGCAGACAUGAAGUGGAAUCUCACACAACCACGAGGACAUUUGGGAAAAACCUUAAAAUUCACCUCCCUUCAGUGAACAGCAUUGGCCCCCCUGACCUAAGUCCAAGGAUUGUGGAUGGCACUGAAGGCGGAGAUGGCACUGAAAGCAAUACAGACUCAGAGUUCCGUCAAAGCCACUUAAACUUUUCAAAAGGACAGCCUUCAGGAAAAGAUCCAGGCCAAACGAGUUCAGCAGAGAUAGUGGCAAAGACUGAAGAAACAAAAGAGCAAAUAAGUCGUCUUAACCAGGAGGUUUGUACACUGGUCCAGGAAGUAGCGGUACUAAGCAAAGGCAUGAAAAAUUUGAUGUUUUUGCUUGAAGGAUUAUUAUCUACCCCGAAACCUCCAGUAUUUUGCCAUGGUCAUAAUACUUCAAUGGAAACUAACAUGACAUGGACAACCCAACAGUCCUGCAUUCAUUCUCAACCUGGAAACGUUGCCUGUUCCUCGGCACAGUUUUCUCAAAGCAACACAAUACCCAAUGUUUUGGAAAUUGAUUUUUUGCAGAACUCUAGCAGUCUGCAUGGAAUAAGCCAGAUUCCUCAGAGACUGUCAGAGAAUGAAUUAUUUUAUUCUACGGCAACAGUAAGUACACCUUACCACUUCCAAACAACACCCCAAGGUAAUCAUUUACAAUGUGUAAAAUGUACUUUGCCACAGAUAGACACAACAUUGAAUCCACUUCAGUCUAUUUCUGCCACACUAUCUUCGUCUGUGAGUUCUUCACCAGAAUCUUCAUCAAAGUUGCUUCAUAGCACAGAGGACAGUAUCAGCUCUCAUCAUGGUGCUACAAGGUCACAUAGUCUGGAAAACUUGCCCCUUUCUUGGAAUGCUGUGGGAACUAUUUCUGCUUCUUUGCAAAGUCCAAGAAGAUUGCCGCUAGAGUCUCCAGUUGAGCUUAAGGAUGAAAAAAAUACAACUUCAUAGCGAGACAUGUUGCUUGAAGUAUGUCCCACAGCUUUGAGUUAUAAAAUAUGUUAAUUUUGCAUGACCUUUUUUAUUCUAAGGCCUUCUGCUAGUAAAUUAGAGUUAAAACAACAGGAGACAUAACUUUAAGUGAAACAAUGAAAGGCAUAUAAAAUAUAUGCUGUUCAUUUUGCAGAAUGCAAUCUUAAGAAGCAUGUUAAAAGGGUUUGACUGUAGCUUUAAGUUAUAUAGACAUUUCAGCACGGAUAGUAGUAUAUUGACUGGGUUGACAUUGUAUCUAGUUGCCUGAAGACCACACGGGUCAGAACAGCAGGAUGUUCUAGUCAAAAGAACACAAAAAUUACUAUUUUUAGUGGGAUGUAUUGUCUGCUUUUUAGACAAUGUCCCUGAAGAUUUUCUGUAGCUCUUUUUGCUGCAGGUGAUCAGAGCUCCUGCUGGUGUGCUUGUCAUUUCUGACUUGGCAAUGGGACAAUUAGCACUGCAUGCCACCUCCUAGACAAUCAACCAAAUAGAACCACUAGACAAGUAUUAGACAUUGCAUGUCACAUUCUCAUGUAAAUCAAACUUUUCGUUUAUUUAUUAAAAGAAAAUGGCUAUUUUUAUACACUUGGUAUGAAACUGUAUUUAUGCUACUGAAAUGAUUUGUAACACUUGAUUCUUUUUAGUCAAAGCUUGCCAUGACAUUCAGCACAUACUGUAUACUCAUGUAAAGAUACUGUAGAGUAAAGACUGUUAGAAACUGUAGAUUAAUAUUGAGUCCCUAUGCUGCAUGCUAAAAGGAAUGCAUCAAAGAUCAGAACAGGAAGUUAAGGCAAUAUUUAAUUAAAUGUUUUAAUACUUACAAUGCAAUGAAUGUAUGUAUCAUGUGUAUUAUUUGAAUUUUACAAGUUUGCUUAAGUUAAAGAGCCAUGACAAAAACUGAAUUUUAUUUUCCAAAAUCAAUGCAAUAUUAAAUCCAGUGUUAUUGAGUCCACAAUUUCAGUUUUUGAGGUGCUCAUAAUUUUACUGUCUUGCAUCUCUAAAGCUGGGCUGUUGAAUAAUCUUUUAAGGAUAAAUGUUCAUUUACAGUGUAAAUUAAGUGCUGUUUUUAUUUGUCUAAUAGGCUAUGGAUAAAAUAUAUUGAAACAUUAAAGGGUAUCCUUACAUCUAUGACUAUAUUUAAUGCCAUCUCAUCUAUAAAAUUAAAUAUAAUAAAAACGUCUUCUCAAAAUAUCUUAAUGUUACUUAGAUGCAGUUUAUUUCUUGGGUUUCAAAAGAGUCUUUCAAACACUACUGCACAGAAUAAUGUGUUAAAAAUGAAAUUACUCACAUACAGUAUCAUGACAUACAAACUGCUUGAAUAGCCUUUGGUA